CUCAUUAGUAUAUAGUUGCCUCUCCUGAGCAGUCUGCAUUCAUUGAUAAUCUGCACAGAUUUGGCUUUCAAUAACUCGGCAAUGUUCUUCCGUACUUGCACAAGACAGAAUCUUGAUUACUGAAUAAGUUAUGUCUGUGACGAGAACAUACAGCCUAAGUGCGUUCGCAGUUGGAGCCAUCGUUGGCGGUACAUCUGCAUACCGAUACACUAUGGCGAAAUAUAGGGUGCCGCAGAAUAUCAAUCUCAUUGUGAGUAUUUACCACUGUCUCGUAAUUAGCAGCGAUGCUCCAGAAGCGACUGCUACUUCUUUCUGGGCGUGUUGCAGAACUGGAGAGACGAAGUAUAAGAAAAUCUUAAUUGGAAUGGAAACGUAACUUUCGAUCCUUCUUGUAGCAUUCUGUGCGGAAAUCAGAAUAUAGGAUUCAGCUGGCAACUGGAACCCCAUGCAUACUCGAAUAGCACUCCUAUCGAUCAAUUUU